AUGUCCACCGCUGCUACUACCGGAAAGGUCCAUAAGCGAGCGUACCAGGCUUGUAUUCCGUGUCGAGAGCGAAGGGUUCGUUGCGACCUAGGCUCGGUCGAUCAGCCACACCAGGGGCCCUGCGGUCGAUGCCGGCGGGAGCGCAAGCUCUGUCACUUCUCUGCCACGCGAGGGAGGAAGAAGGGGGCUCCUGCUUCCACUCCUGCGCCCUCUGGGCCUAGCGACCUCAUCACUGGUACUACUGCUACUGCUACCACCGCCACCACCGUCAGCGCUACCGCCGCGGGCAUCACCCCUACCCGGCCGUGGGAGGAGUCGACCAUAGCCGUUGCCGGCACUCCGGCAUCUCUGUCGGGGGUUAUAACCAGUCGUCCGGGCGAAAGCUCUGCCAGUCCCAUUGCCGUACCUGCAGCUAUAAAACGGGAGCACUCUCUCCAGCAUGUUCUCUCACAGGAUACCCCGCGUCCGGCCACCCGCGGGGACAAGACAGCGGAAAAGCUGCUCAGGGAUGCCGCCUACACCUCUCAUGACGCCCUGAAUCUGCUCUUUGAAGCCGGCAGACAUAGUGAACGGGUCGCCAGGUCCGACCAUAACACUAACGGAGCCCCCUCCAGCAGACUCGGCCCCAUUCCCACCAGGGAGCUAAGGCCGUCUGCCGCCCCAAGUCUUCAUGACCCCGCCCCAGAUUUUCACCCCUGGUCCAACCUACGGUUCGUUCGCACCGGGUUGAUCACGGCCGAGGAGGCCUUUGAUCUGGUAAACUAUUUUCAUACCUACCUUGCCCCUUUCACCCCAAUUGCCUCCUCUUCGUUCCAGGACCCAUCCAUGCAUUCAGAGUUGCUUGAGGAGGAGCCCAUUCUUGCCAUGACCAUACUCAUGUUGGCCUCUCGAUACAUGAAACUGUCUGGGCCCGGAUCAGUCUCCAGAUCUUACAUGGUCCAUGAGCGGCUCUGGCAACAUUUACAAGGAAUGAUUUCCCGCAUGAUCUUUGGCCAGGAGCAGUUUACUGGUGGCACACAUACUCACGACCCUCCAGAGGCCUCUAACCUCUCCACUCACGAGUACCCCCUCGCCGGCUCCAAUUUUGGUAGUCUGAGGACACUUGGCAGCUGUGAAGCACUGCUAUUGCUCUCUGAAUGGCAUCCUCGGUCCCUUCACGUUCCCGCAGGAGAUGACGGAGACAGCAUUGUUGUGAAAGAUGACGUCCGAAGGACAAUAGCAAGCACCGCCGGAAUAGGGGGUAGGAUACGUAUCGAUUGGCUGGAACCGGUUUGGAGAUCGGAUCGGAUGUGCUGGUCUAUGCUGGGAAACGCCCUCGCCUUAGCCGUGGAGCUUGGUAUCUUUGAUGAAUAUGACAACACCACCAUCGGAGCGCGUGAGUCUCGGAGAGACAUUUGGAAUAACCCCUUAUCCAGCCAGCGGGCGCAUCUUGUCCAGCAUUUGCUUUGGGUCUACCUUACCCAAACGUCCGGCCGACUCGGCAUAAAACAUGGUGACACGAUUCGCUGUUGGGUCGGUGUUGCCUCACUGAUGAAGAGGGGCAACGAGCUCCUAUUCCCUUCCCGCGAGCGAACUCGAGAAAUCGUCAAGACAGGCGAAUACCUGGCUGUCCUUCGUGUCCUCAACCCGCUCUUACGUGAAUGGCAGAAAGAGUUUGAUCGUGCAAAGCUGUCAAGGCAAAUGAGGUCCAUCUUGACAAUCGAGUUCGGAUAUGUACGAGUAUACAUCCAUAGCGUUGCCCUCCAAGCCGUUAUCGAGAAUUAUUAUCAUGUCAUGCACGAAGGUGGUGGUAUGCCUGAGGCGAGCUUGCUCGAACCCUUUGAGGGCAACAGAGAGUAUUUUAUGGAAGUCAUUGCGUCAGCGAAAUCGAUAUUACAAACCGUUGUUGAGGACCUACUUCCAGAUAACCAUCUGAAGCAUGCUACUUCUCUCGGCGCUAAAGACUUUGAGACGUCAGGGUCUUUGAGCCUCGUUGAACGUACGGCGGACGCGCUCUGUACAUGUGUGGUGGAUGAUGUUCAUUUGAGCAACAGAUUUGGGGAACUACUGCAUGCUCUUGCCGCAAGCUUGCGGAACAGAGUAGUGCAAAUGACGGCAAGUGAACAACCAAGCGGAAGUAUUACUCCCAAUACUCUGGCUCCACAUCGUCAAUAUGCUCAAUCUUUUGAAGGUGAUAUUACAAACAAUCAGAUGAUGGUGUGUGGCCCUGGCUCCUAUCAUGAAUUGUCCAUGGGUCGAAUGGGACUGGAGGACCACUCUAUCGCUGACCCAGUGUAUGACAACUGCCAGGCUGGCUCUUCAUCUGCUACAGCGGCGGGCACGCCUGCUUACUAUGCCAUGAACCCGGCAUCAGGAUUAAUCGAUCAAGUGCAGAACGAUCCAUUGAUCAACUUUGCCGGGUUGGGCCCCAAUCAACUUGGUUGGUCCGGUGGGCAGGACUUCUUCGAUAUGCUUGGUCCUUUGCUGGACGUACAGUACGAGCAAUACAAGUAG